AUGGGGACUUCGAUUCUGCUCUCAAGCCCCUUGACUUCCUUCACUCACUUCCCCAAACCCAGACCUGCCCUCUCCAAUCCCACCUCAAUCCUCACUUACACAAAACCCAUAAAAACCUUCAACUCCAUAUUUCUUCACAACCCUCAAUUCUCUUCCAAACCCUUGAAGGCUUGCCAGAAAAUUUUCGUCGUGGGAGAAUCCGAUGGAAGCGUCAGCAGCACAGAGGUCAUCGUCGGCGAGGAUUCAGCGGAAUUUGAAUUCUCCAAGCAAAAGAUUUCAUCGUGGUUGUAUUUCAGUGGCAUUUUGGCAGUCGUACUGUUUGUUCUUGACGUAGCUUGGAUUGAUAAUUCUACUGGUUUUGGAAAAGUCUUUAUCGAAGCUGUUUCGAGCAUAUCAGAUAGCCAUGAGGUUGUAAUGUUGAUCCUUACUCUUAUUUUUGCGCUAGCCCACAGUGGAUUGGCCAGUCUUAGAGACCCUGGUGAGAAACUCAUUGGAGAGCGUGCUUUUCGUGUCUUGUUUGCGGGCGUAUCUCUUCCAUUGGCUGUUAGUACUGUUGUGUAUUUCAUUAACCACAGAUAUGAUGGUGUUCAGUUAUGGCAGUUACAGAGUGUUCCUGGUCUACAUCAAUUUGUUUGGCUCUCUUCUUUUAUUUCCUUUUUUUUCCUCUACCCCUCAACCUUUAAUUUGUUAGAGGUAGCAGCAGUUGACAAGCCUAAAAUGCAUCUUUGGGAAACUGGGAUAAUGAGAAUUACCAGGCACCCACAGAUGGUUGGGCAGGUGAUUUGGUGCCUGGUUCACACGAUGUGGAUUGGGAACUCAGUGGCAGCUGCAGCCUCGGUUGGCCUAAUCGGGCAUCAUCUAUUUGGCGUCUGGAAUGGAGACAGGAGGUUGGCCAUACGAUAUGGCGAGGCUUUCGAGGUAAUGAAGAACCGAACAAGUGUCAUCCCAUUUGCAGCCAUCCUAGAUGGCCGUCAGAAGUUGCCCAAAUAUUACUGGAAGGAAUUCGUUCGAUUACCAUACUUAACAAUCACUGCAUUAACUUUAGGUGCAUACUUUGCACACCCACUUAUGCAGGCUGGCAGUUUUGGGCUUCAUUGGUAG